AAGGAGGAAACGGAAACUACGCAAUUUUCGCGCGAAAUGUUAAUAUCUUCAGUGGUGUGAGUGAGCUGUGUGAGCUCUCUGAGGACUGUUUCUGGAAAAUCUUCCUUUUUUCGAUGCGGGUUUUGAAUUAAAUCCGUUUAACAGGCAAACAGAAGUUUUCCCUUUUUAUAUAUAAUAGAUUGUAUGUUAGUAUCUUAGCUGAAGCAGCUCACAGCGAGGAGACAGGAUGAAGUAUUUCACCAGACUGAGAGUCAGACGAGUCUACAAGUGGCCUAGAAAGCCUCUCAGUUUCAACAGGAAGUUAAAAAGCUAUGAAUAUGGCUCUUUGGCCAUCAGUGUGGAGGGUCUCCCGAGGAUCACCGUCAUUCAGACCGGCCAACACAUCCUCAUAGAGGGAGAGGAUGAAGACAGCCCGUACGUGGCCAAAGUCAUCAGGCUGUUUGGUGACGAGAGCGGGAAGCAGAAGAAGGCGGUGGUUCAGUGGUUUGCUCGUGUGUCUGAAGUGCCUUUGAGCAAAUUGAAGCUGCUGGGCAGAGAGCCUCACCCGCAGGAGAUCUUCUACUACCAGGGUCGCAGCUGUGACGACGAGGUGGACGCCGGGUCCAUCAUCAGACCAGUGCAGGUGAAGCACCUGGAUGGAGCAGCUCCGUUCCCGGACUCUGGCGACGGGGACACCCUGUACGUGAAGCUGUCCUGGGACUCCAAGGCCUUCAAAGUGCUGGACUCUGGUCUGGUGGAGUCUGAACUGGCUCCAGCUCCCUCCGCUCCUCCCCGUCCCAAAUCCUCCCUCCCCCUUUUACCCCCCUGCUCUCCGCCCGCAGCGGCCCCGGCGUCUCGUGGCCCCGCUCGACGCGCCCUGCCCACCCCAGACCUCGCAGUCAUGCGCCGGGCCGCCUCGGGGGAGGUGAGAUACAGCCGGGCCACGAUGAGCGCGGGGAAGGCUGGCACUGCAGAAGCAGAGUCGCUGCACUCCGCCACCAAACUGUCGACCUCGAAAUGUCUGAGCGCCAAGAGGAGGAACGCCUCGGCCAGUACGCCCGGCGUUCGCAAGAAACUGGAGCUCAGCAAUCCGGAGAAGAAGUCGAUGAUCAGAGAGGACAUCCUGAGCCAGCUGCUGGACGAGGAGCUGGAGUCAGAGCUGACUCAAAGACUGUCGGCCUCUCCCCCUCAGGCUCUGCCCCUCAACAACAGCCUCACCCCUCUCAGGAAGGCCCACAGAGCCCCCGGCGCUCAGGGCGCUUUCCCCUUGAAGCCCUCCGCCGUCGUCCUCAACAGAGUGUCUCCCUCCGAGACGAACAGUCCUCCAUCGACUGCCAGAGGCGACUCCACCAGUCCUCAGCAGGGUGAUGAUGUGAUGGAGGCAGGGUUACCGACCGGCUCGGUUAAGACACCCAGAAGAAGAACUGCCACGCCGAGGAGAAAGUAUUUCACCAGGGGGCAGAAAGCCACCACUCCUUCUCGAAAAAAAGAACCCAACACCCUGGAGGAACCAGCCCUGGGAGUGCUGGCUGAAGAGGAUAACGAAAACUCCCCGAUGCUGCCGGUCACCGCCACACCGAGGAGCUCUAAGAGGAAGUCGGCCCUGCUGGUGUCGUCUCGCAUCAGAAGACAGCUGAAUCUUCUGGACAACAAGCAGGACCUGAACUCCGAUGAAGAGGACGAGGAUGAGUUUGUUCCAUCCAAGAAGGAGCUGCAGAGCAGCAGUGAGGAUGAUGAUGAUGGGGAAGAGGAGGCAGGGCUCGAUAGUGAUGAGGAGGUAGUGAUUAAAAAGGGCAGACAUGCUGCAGCAGGGUUUAAUACUCCCCGUUCAAAGCAGAGAACUCGCUCCUCGACCCGAACGCCCCGAAAAACUCCAAACAAGAAGGUCACACCAGGCACGCCACGGACUCCGCAUCGCGCCACUCCCAGCAUCCCCAGCAGGUCGCUGCCGGCUCGACAGCCUGCUAAUGUUCUGGAGGAGGCCAGAACGAGGCUGCAUGUGUCCUCGGUGCCGGAGUCUCUGCCCUGCAGAGAGCAGGAGUUUCAGGACAUCUACAGCUUCGUGGAGAGCAAGGUCGUAGACGGCACGGGAGGGUGUAUGUACAUCUCAGGUGUGCCAGGCACCGGUAAGACGGCCACAGUCCAUGAGGUGAUGCGCUGUCUGCAGCACGCAGCCGACGUGGACGAGAUCCCUCCUUUCCACUUCGUCGAGAUCAACGGGAUGAAGAUGACGGAUCCUCAUCAGGCCUACGUCCAGAUCCUGCAGAAACUGACGGGUCAGAAGGCCACGUCCGACCACGCAGCAGCUCUGCUGGAGAAGAGAUUCAGCAACCCUGCACCCAGAAAGGAGACUACCGUACUGCUGGUGGACGAAUUGGACCUGUUAUGGACCAGGAAGCAGAACGUCAUGUACAACCUGUUCGACUGGCCGACGCGGCGUCACGCCCGCCUGGUGGUGCUGACCAUCGCCAACACCAUGGACCUGCCGGAGAGGAUCAUGAUCAACAGAGUGGCCAGCAGACUGGGUUUGACCAGGAUGUCAUUCCAGCCGUACAGCUUCAAACAGCUGCAGCAGAUCAUCAUGUCGCGGCUGAACAAGGUGAAGGCCUUCGAGGAGGACGCUCUCCAGCUGGUGUCCAGGAAGGUGGCCGCUCUGUCGGGCGACGCUCGCCGCUGUCUGGACAUCUGUCGCAGGGCGACGGAGAUCUGCGAGCACUCUGCCGCCGAUCCUUCGGCCACGGGAUUGGUGGGAAUGAGUCACGUGAUGGAGGCGCUGAAUGAGAUGUUUUCCUCCGCCUACAUCACUGCCAUCAAGUGUGCAUCACUGCAGGAGCAGCUCUUCCUCAGGGCGGUCAUCGCUGAGUUUCGGCGGCUGGGAUUGGAGGAGGCCACCUUCCAACAGGUGUUUGUGCAGCACCAGGCUCUGUGUCGGGUGGAGGGUCUGCAGCCCAUCAGCGUGUCGGAGGGCCUGGCGGUGUGUCAGCGUCUGGGAGCCUGCAGGUUACUGCUGCUGGAGCCCAGCCGCCUGGGAGUCCUGCAGCGAGUCCGCCUCAACGUCAGCCAGGACGACGUGCUCUACGCCCUGAAGGCCGACUGACGGAGGGGUCCUCUUCAGACUCCUUUAUCUGAACCACGUGAGACAUUAAACCUCAGUUAUACAAACUGACAUCAAACAGAAUUUUAAACCUUAAAUUAUUUAGCGCGUUAACUCCUCCAACUGCUCAGAUUGAGACGGAGAUCACACUUUGAGCAGAGGCAAAUAUAUGGAGUCAAAGAUUUUCCUUUUUAGUUUGUGAUGUCCCCAGUUUAAAAUGAGAUUUUUCUCUUUCUGGAAUUAUUUUUAACGUUGUAUAGUGCACCUUAUUUUUUAUGUUUCAAUACCUGAAUAUGCAAUAAAACACCAUCUUUAAUAUGAAA